GACCUUGCCUUGAUACGCGGAUCAGGCGCCGUGAGCCGCAUGCUCCAUGCUCCCUGGGCCAGGUACCAGCCGUAAGGUCGUUGGGCUAGCGACCCCAACGACCGGGGGACGCCCGUCAACUGAACCCGCGACCGCCGACGUAUGGACAACCACCAAGAUCGAUGCCAAAGACGGCGAUUGGACAACGCAGCGUUGCCCCACGGCCUCGGGUUCAGGCCAAUACAACGUUAAUAACGCGAUGCGGCAAGGCUGAAACUGCUGUCCUGGAGAUUGGCGAGGACGCACGAUGGUUCGAAGUACGCCUCCCCCCCUCCUCAAGUGCCCUGGUCGCGUUUGAGCCCGUUCCCACCAGUCGAAAACCCACAAAUCGGCCUAGAAGAGGGCACCGACACUCUUCCCACGAUGGCCUCUCGCUCAUUACCCUGCAAGGGCAGGCAAACCAACCCCCCUCUCGCCUCGCUCUCGGACGGACGAACGCCAACGGACGUUACAGAAUGCCCACGUCGGCCAGGCAUCCACAAUCUCCCGACCGCGGGCGCUCGACGGGCUCUCAUUUCCGCAGCGACCGGCCGCCCGCCGGCUGCCUGACGUGGUCACGCCGGCCCCCGACGCUUAUCCUUCCCGUCGACGGGCUGCUUAGCCAGCUCCAUUCCCGAGUCCGUUCACUGUUUGCUCGGACGACGACUAGCCGUCACUAAAUGGUCUUUGCACCAUGGUGGCUUUCCCCCCCAUCUCUCUCUCUCUCCCCUCUCUCUGU